UGGGAGCAUCGGCAGGCUAGCAUCUUAAAAUCUGAGCUCGUCAGGUGCUCAACUUCUGUCCCUUUUAAGGGCUCACAGCUCUAAGGGGGUCCACGUGAGAGGGUCGUGAUCAACUGAACAAGCCAGGGGGUACAUGAUAGGGACUGCGAGCACCGGUGGUCAGAGUGAAACAGAACAGAAUGGGAGGUUUCACAAUGUCCUUCCAUACAAUGUCUGGAAUCUAUAGAUAACAACAGCUGCUAGGUCAGGGGUCGAAUUUUAACUACCAGGCUUAGGUCAGGCAGGCCCAGGCCUGGUUUCGGGUCUGGUUCCUUGGUUUCGGGUCUGGUUUUUAGGCGCCGGGCUACCUGCCUUUAGUUUCGCUUCUCUUUCCUUUUCCGAGUAUAAAACAGUAUGAGAGGGUCUCUCUCCUCCCUCAGUGCCAUCCUCAUCCCUGGGUGGGAGUUGUCUGGAUCCAUAGGGUUGGAGCCACAGAUAACAGAGCCAUUAAUCUCGGGGUCUCAGCCUCUCUUAACGGACCUUCCAGGCACUGCUGAGAAAACCAGGUUAAUGGUUUCCUGCGGCAGCAAUGAGCAGAAGCAGGGCCAUCUCCAGACUCCAGAGAAGCCAGGAGAGGGCUGGGGUGAGAAUGGGGAGGAGGAUAAAAAACAGCCACCCAAUGCGUGCCUUCCCUGUGCCAGGCCCUUGUCCUGAAAUGUUAUCUCACUCCAUCCUCCCAACAGUCCCUUGGGCUAAAUUGGUGAUGCUGCUUGUUUGAGUGAGCAAACAGAGGGUGAAUGAAGUGACUUGCGGGCAGCUGGGUAGAGGAUGAGUCAGCAUUGGUGUAAAGGACUUGAGCUUCAGGGUUCUCGGGAUUCGAGUCCUGGCCCUGCUGCUUGCCAGCUCUGUGCUGUGGCAAGUUACUUCCUCUCCCCAGGUCUCUCGGUUUCCUCAUCUGCUGCCUCUCUAGACUUCUGCCAGAACAUUGCACGCGACAGUUUCAGGCACAGAACUGACUGGCAGCAGGGGCUGUUCCACGAGUGGGAAUUUGCUCCAGCACUUCACGGACUGCAAGCGGGGCACUUGCUAACUCUUGGCCUCCCUGAACAUAGGAAACCCACCUGGGCAGCCAUGGAAUGGGACAAUGGCACAGGCCAGGCUCUGGGCUUGCCACCCACCACCUGUGUCUACAGCGAGAACUUCAAGCAACUGCUGCUGCCACCUGUGUAUUCGGCGGUGCUGGCGGCUGGCCUGCCGCUGAACAUCUGUGUCAUUACCCAGAUCUGCACGUCCCGCCGGGCCCUGACCCGCACGGCCGUGUACACCCUAAACCUUGCUCUGGCUGACCUGCUAUAUGCCUGCUCCCUGCCCCUGCUCAUCUACAACUAUGCCCAAGGUGAUCACUGGCCCUUUGGCGACUUCGCCUGCCGCCUGGUCCGCUUCCUCUUCUAUGCCAACCUGCAUGGCAGCAUCCUCUUCCUCACCUGCAUCAGCUUCCAGCGCUACCUGGGCAUCUGCCACCCGCUGGCCCCCUGGCACAAACGUGGGGGCCGCCGGGCUGCCUGGCUAGUGUGUGUAGCCGUGUGGCUGGCCGUGACAACCCAGUGCCUGCCCACAGCCAUCUUUGCUGCCACAGGCAUCCAGCGUAACCGCACUGUCUGCUAUGACCUCAGCCCGCCUGCCCUGGCCACCCACUAUAUGCCCUACGGCAUGGCUCUCACUGUCAUCGGCUUCCUGCUGCCCUUUGCUGCCCUGCUGGCCUGCUACUGUCUCCUGGCCCGCCGCCUGUGCCGCCAGGAUGGCCCGGCAGAGCCUGUGGCCCAGGAGCGGCGUGGCAAGGCGGCCCGCAUGGCCGUGGUGGUGGCUGCUGCUUUUGCCAUCAGCUUCCUACCUUUUCACAUCACCAAGACAGCCUACCUGGCAGUGCGCUCAACGCCGGGCGUCCCCUGCACUGUAUUGGAGGCCUUUGCAGCGGCCUACAAAGGCACGCGGCCGUUUGCCAGUGCCAACAGCGUGCUGGACCCCAUCCUCUUCUACUUCACCCAGAAGAAGUUCCGUCGGCGACCACAUGAGCUCCUACAGAAACUCACAGCCAAAUGGCAGAGGCAGGGUCGCUGAGUCCUCCAGGGCCUGGGCAGCCUUCAUAUUUGCCAUUGUGUCCGGGGCACCAGGAGCCCCACCAACCCCAAACCAUGUGGAGAAUUAGAGCUCAGCUCAGCUGGGCAUGGAGUUAAGAUCCCUCACAGGACCCAGAAGCUCACCAAAAACUAUUUCUUCAGCCCCUUCUCUGGCCCAGACCCUGUGGGCAUGGAGAUGGACAGACCUGGGCCUGGCUCUUGAGAGGUCCCAGUCAGCCAUGGAGAGCUGGGGAAACCACAUUAAGGUGCUCACAAAAAUACAGUGUGACGUGUACUGUCA